UGCAUCGGAUGCCUGGAUUACAUGUAUCUGCAUCUAUUUAAAUGUGUGAUAAAAGAGUGCAAACUUACACAAUGGUGUGAGUGCUUAGUCUAGGAGUAGCAACCUAGGUGGUGAUGGAGGAUUCUAGGGUUGUUUUCUUUAUUCUGGAAGGUGCAAAGAUAUGCCUCAUUUGUGAAGAAGCCUGAAAAAGCCUUUGCCUAUGCAGAGUUCAGUCGACAAAAGUUUGCGGCCUUAGGAAUGCCGUGCGACAUUGUUGCCAAGUUGCGUAAAAGCAACAAUCUAAGCGUGCUUGGAAAUGCCGACUUGGAGAAACUUGAUCUGCUGCUGAAGAAGGGUGAGGUCAUAUUGGUCUCCAGUCCCGCAACAAGUUUUAGUGAUCCAUGUCCAAGUUCAGGCAAUGGUCAGAAAGAAUUUGUUGUCAAUGUCGAGGAAGGAGGAAGAGGAAACAUUUUGGUUGUCCCAAGUCGUCAUGAGAACCAGGACCCCUUUCCAACUACAACGACGUCAGGAUCCAGCUCAAAUGGCAUUCAAGAAUUCUCAGGAGCAACGCCUACAUGUAUUGUAGCAGGUGGAGAAUCAGAUUCUGAAGGAUCCAUUAGUGUGGAAAUUGUGAAACCUUCUAAGAGGAACAAGAAGGAAACAAAUGCCAAGUCUGUUGCAAAAAAGAGAAAGGUCACUGUGGCAAAGAAUGCGCAGGUAUCCAACUUUGCUGCAAAGGAAUCAAAGCAGGUUACGAUCGAGGAGAGUGCCUUACCAGAUGGUCACUUUAUAGUUGAGAAGAUCUUGAAGGAUAGGAUGAAGAAUGGGGUCAGGGAGGGACUCAUCAGUUGGGAUGGCUAUGAUUCGACGCACAACACGUGGGAGCCUAUGAAGGAAUUACCAAAAGACAUUGUUACAGACUAUUAUCAGAAUAAGAAGAAACAUUAGAUAGUUGUAGUACAUGACAUACAAUGAUGUCCAGUCAUUUUCAGAUUUUGAGUGGCCAUGGACAUAAGGCCAAAUUUCAAUGAAAAAAAACAACAUUGAAAUCUAAAUGCUGAAAUGGCGCAAAAAGAAAUUUCUGAAUAUGACAUGAACAUAAUCAGAGUUUGAACGACUACCACUGCUCUGUACAAAUCAUACAACUAUCCAAUUCACAAUUAAAACGACAAAAACUGGGUCAAGACUAGUAACUUUCCACCUGUCAUUUUCCAUCAUGAAGGUUUAAGAACCAAAUGCAACAAUGUAACUAGAGUCAGACAUGGAUGAGCAGAAUACUCAUUAUCAAAUGAUCUCAACAUCAUACAACAAAAGUUGACAGCGAAUCAUAAUAACCAUCCGGUCCCUGGUCUGGUCGUUCAGCAACAACUGGAUUUACACAACGCACUGCAAACGUCUCCAUUGCAGGAAAUGUUCAAUGAUGAAUAUUGUGAACACGGCAGAACUUCAGUAUUUUCAGACAGAGGCUGCCAUAUGCAAAGAUAUCUGAAGCGAUAGAAAAUGUUUUUUUCCUACGAAGAACUUCAGGCGCAACAUCCUCUUUCUGAAUACUACGUACUUGUCUGGCCGUGAGAACCUUGGCAGAUUCUAUCUUGCAAGAUCUACUCCAAUUGACAAGAAACAAUUUCAUUCCUGGACUCUCUGAAGCUUCCACCACAACAUGUUCUGCCCUUAAGCUAUUCCAUAAA